CCCCCCUAUAUAAAGACCGAGGGGGUGCAUGGAGGGUAGUUUAGUUUCACUCCAGCAUCGAACUCCGCAAGAUGAAAUUGGCUUUGAUUUUCCUCACUUGCUUCGUCGGCUUAUCGUAUCAGCAGAGGUACGUCUGGCCAAUGCCCUACGCUCCGAGGGCUCACUUGAUGCCUUUGUUUUACUCCGAUGGACAGCCAGCAGCUGACAUUGAAGCCCUGCCCGAAAUUAAGGACAUCGACAAUCAACCUAAAAUUGAACCGUCAAUCGAACACGAUCAAGAGGAAAAAAUCCUGUUGUCAUUGCCCAGCGUAUUGACGAAUUUCAGACCCUUCACCACCACCACUACAAUUAUAGCGACUUCCACCGUUGUUGUUUCGACGCCAACAACCGUCAAGUGCAUUCCCAAAGCCCAGUUUUCAACUGUUGUGCCUGCUGCAGCUGCAGCUGGUGCAGCACCUGCAGUGGCUGAAACGCUGGCCACUACGGCCUGCGCCCGCCGCCGUCGUGAUGUAGCGCAGUUGCUGGCCGGUUCAGACUUAACCAAGGAGGCCAUUGAACCCGCUCAACCUAUCGCUCUCGAAGUGUCGGCCGUUGAAAUUCUUCCGGCUGCCGAAGGGAAGGAAGCCAGCAGUGAGCCGGAAAUUGAGUCCUCCCAGACUCUGAAUCACUCAGCUGCUGAUGACGUCGAAGUGAACCCCAGCCAAGAAGACAGAGGCUUUCUCAAUUUGAAUAGUUUGAGCCUCACUACCACCGUGUCGGUGACUUCCAUGACCACCGUCUUCUCCUUUGCCGGCGCCACCAUCAAGGCGACUGCCACCGUGGCGGGAGCCGCCCAGCUUAAAUGCCGUCCGUCCGGCUUUGCUAUUUGCUAAAAGAAUUCAAACAGAAAAGACCAUUUCAGCUACUCUUACGACACACACACCUCAAAAUUCUCCAGCGAAACUGUUUUAUUUUUUUUUUCUUAAUUAUUUGUUUGUUCCAUUUAAUUUAUAUCUGCACCGCAGCAUAUGAACCGCGGUCUUUGGUGUAGCCAGUAAUCAACUAGUGAUGAUGGAAAUACAUGAUUUAAAA